AUUAGUUUAAGAAACGUUACUAUGUCAUCGUAAAGAUGAUUGAAUUACUUUUCGUCUGACAGUAUGAAACGCACGAUGCCCGAAGAAAAUCAUGAAACCAAGCGAAUCUUUGUUAAACAAGAGAACUUUGGAUACAACGCUCCAUCAUACGCUAAUUAUUCAUCGUCAUCAUCAUCUAUACCCUCUACUAAUGCUCAACCUUUGCCUGGACAACCACCCCUACCUCCUAUGCCACCUCCAUCCAACAGAAUUCCACCUCUGCCUCAUGUUUCAUUUGAACCAGUGCCUUCUCAAGUAACUCCCUUUCAAGCUUGGAUACAUCCAACAUGGCAAUGGAUAGCAUCUCAAGCAUCUAUGCCACCUCCACCUUCACCACGUGAAAUUACUAAUACCAUUCAGAGAGAAAUGCCAUUGAGGGGUAACUAUAUACAUCAUGAAAGAUUCGCUCACAACAGAAACAACAUGUAUGUCCAGAGAAAUAAUUUUCAUCGUAAAAAAAAGCCUAUGCGUUUUGGACUACCACAAGGUCAAUUUGAUCAAAAUGCGUAUCUUGGAUUACAUUGGCAAAGAAACAUUUAUACUGCAGCGGCAAACGAUGAUAUAAGAAACCAUACAACUGUUCCUCUAUCAUCCCAUUCCGUAUCUCCUAUUCCAUCAGGAAUUAUAAAUAAUAUGACAAGGCGUGACGAAGAGACGGAGGAUCAGGAUGUGAAAAUUGAAAAAGUAGUAAAGAAGAAUAAACAAAGAAAGCCAAUGUCUCAAAGCUAUCCUAGUAAGCCAUGGAAUAGAGAGGAUGCGGAGAGAGCACUGAUGAUUGAAAACGAAUACAACAUGAAAAAUAAAGUUAAUGCUCAGAGCUUAAUAAUUAAGUUUCCUGAUCCGGACUUAAAUAAGGAUAUUGUUAAAUUAUUUCAUCCUGGCAUUCGAAAUAUACAUUUUCAAAAUCCUAGUGGUCCAAGAUAUUGCUUCAUUCAAAUGGCGAAGAAUGUAAAUAUUGAUGAAGCUAUGAAAGAAUUAGAGAAAAUCAAGUUUGGUACAGGAUACUUAAAAGUUGAAAAAAAAGCUGUAAGAAACGAGGAUGUCCGAAAUACAAAACCCGAAGACAUAAAUCCUUACAAUCUAUACAUAGGAAAUUUGCCCACGUUUGUUAAGGCAAAUGAAAUAAAAAGCAAAUUUCCAAAGGCUCGAGUCGAUGUAUCAAGAGCACGGAAAUUAAAGAACACACAAUUUGCUUUUAUGAGAUAUAAUAGUGUAGAUGAUGCAAUAGCAGAUUACAAAAAAGCAUAUGGUUUAAUGUGGGAUACCAGGAGUAUUAUUGUUAAAUUUCGCCGAAAAGAGGGUAAUUCUUAUCUUCCCGAAGAACUUAAACCUGAUGUCAAAAAAAUUAAAGAAGAAUCAAAUAAUAUUGCACAAGUGAAAAAGGAAUGCAAUGUGAAUCACAUUGAAUUCAAAUCUAAUGUUAACAAGUCAAAAGAUGAAGAAAAUAACAUUGGUCAAGGGAAUAAAAUCAAUCAUGAUAAAUCAUCAGCAAAUCAAGAUACGAAUAGCAUGGAAGCACGAUUACAAGAUAAUUUCAUUAAAGCACAAAAUAAAUCAGCCUCGCAAAUUGAGGAAAAUACAAACUCUCAUUCCUCUUCGGUACCAACUUUAAUCACAUCAGAUAAGACGAUGAAAGAGCAACAACAACUCUGGACUUCUUCUAAAAUACCUUCAACAUCGGAGAAUCCAUUAUCAUGUUCAACACAAACCAAUUCCAGCGAGGAAACGAUGAUACUUACACAAAUCAAAGAAGAACCCAUAGAUUAUGAUGAGAUGGACACGUGUAACACGCAUUUCGACGACGACGACGACGACGACGACGACGACGACGACGACGACGACGACGACGACGACGACGACGACGACGACGACGACGACGACGACGACGACGACGACGACGACGACGACGACGACGACGACGACGAUGAAGAUAAUGAUAAAGAUGUCGAAGAAGAUGAAGAUAAAGAUGUUGACGAUGAUCGAAGCAUAGCAUUUGUAACAAAGCCAUCAGAAACAGUACGAGAUAACAAAGAAGAACCGACGGAUCAUCUUGACCAAAUGUUCAGCGAAUUGGAGAAUAUGACGAGUGAUAUUGACUUCUUAAAAAAUUGAAUAAAUUCA